AAUAAUGAUGUAACAACCAAAGGUGAAAGAGGGAGGGGAUGGGUGUCUCAGGCCCCAGGAAUGGCAGGAAAGGAGGUUCAGAAAGGAGGGGGAGGACAGUAUAGAUGAGGAACUGAAAGAAGGCCAACAUGAGUUAAAUGCAGAGAGCCUGAGGAACAUGAGCAAAAUGCAGCUGGAGAGAUGGACUGGGUCAGACUGUCGGGCUUGUGGGCUGUGUUCAGAUUUUGAACCUCACCCUGAAAUCAAUGGGAAACAACUGGAGGCCGUAAAGCAAGGGAACGAUGGACCCAUGUGCUUGCUGAGUGGAGUAAGAGUGAUGUGGAAGGCCACAUACGAGACAAAGACAGCAGCUCGGAAACAUAACUACAGUUGGAACAAGAGGAUGCCUGAAAUCCUUUCCUGUGCUUGAAACUUCCUACAAGUAAUUCUCUUCGUCUCAUGGGGCUUUUGUGGGAAUUAAAUUUAAUAGAGAAUUGCCAAGGAUGCAGAAGGAGAUGAAAAUGAUCAAAGAUGAGGAUGUGCAUUUCAACCUGGGUGUGAAGAGAGCCCCCUCAUUUCCCCACUGCCUGCAGCCAGUGGUUUCCCGAGGGAAGGCUCCCCAAAGACACCCCUUCCCAGAAGCUCUCCAGGGGCCUUUUCCCCAAUUUCGGUAUGAACCUCCUCCAGGACACCUAGAUGGAUUCCCGGGGGUCUUUGAAGGAGGAGGGUCUCGGAAACGGAAGAGCAUGCCCACCAAGAUGCCCUACAACCACCUUGCGGAAGAUGCCCCUCUCGCCCUCCACUCUGAGGAGAGCAAAACCCACGGCCCUCCGAACCUCUCUCUGCUCUUCCCGCAGCCCCCGCGCCCCAAGUAUGACUCGCAAAUGAUCGACCUGUGCAACGUGGGCUUCCAGUUUUACCGCACCCUGGAACACUUGGGGGGCAAGCCGGUCAAGCAGGAGCCCGUGAAGGCCAGCGCCUUGUGGCCCCAGCCAACGCCCCCUCCGUUCCUGCCUGCGCCCUACCCUUACUACCCCAAGGUCCCCCCGGGUCUCAUGUUCCCCUUCUUCAUGCCCUCGGCCUCCCCCUUCCCCUUCAGCCGGCACACCUUCCUGCCCAAGCAGCCCCCGGAAGCGCUGCUGCCGCGCAAGGCCGAGCCUGUGGAGAGCGAGGAGACCAAGCAGAAGGUGGAGAGGGUGGACGUGAACGUGCGCAUCGACGACAGUUACUACGUGGACGUGGGCGGGGCGCAGAAGCGCUGGCAGUGCCCCAGCUGCGAGAAGUCCUACACCUCCAAGUACAACCUGGUCACCCACAUCCUGGGCCACAGCGGGAUCAAGCCACACGCGUGCACCCGCUGCGGGAAGCUCUUCAAGCAGCUCAGCCACCUGCACACCCACAUGCUCACACACCAGGGCACGCGGCCCCACAAGUGCCAGGUGUGCCACAAGGCCUUCACCCAGACCAGCCACCUGAAGCGCCAUAUGAUGCAGCACAGCGAGGUGAAGCCGCACAACUGCCGCGUGUGCGGCCGGGGCUUUGCCUACCCCAGCGAGCUCAAGGCCCAUGAGGCCAAGCACGCCAGCGGGCGCGAGAACAUCUGUGUGGAGUGCGGCCUCGACUUCCCCACCUUGGCCCAGCUCAAGAGGCACCUCACCACGCACCGGGGCCCCAUCCAGUACAGCUGCUCCGAGUGCGACAAGACCUUCCAGUACCCGAGCCAGUUGCAGAACCACAUGAUGAAGCACAAGGACAUCCGGCCCUACAUCUGCUCCGAGUGUGGCAUGGAGUUCGUGCAGCCCCACCACCUCAAGCAGCACUCCCUCACGCACAAGGGUGUGAAGGAGCACAAAUGUGGGAUUUGUGGGCGGGAGUUCACUCUGUUGGCCAACAUGAAGAGACACGUGCUGAUUCAUACCAACAUCCGUGCCUACCAGUGUCACCUGUGCUACAAGAGUUUUGUGCAGAAACAGACCCUCAAGGCACACAUGAUCGUUCAUUCUGACGUGAAGCCUUUCAAAUGCAAGCUGUGUGGGAAGGAAUUCAACCGGAUGCACAACCUAAUGGGCCACAUGCACCUGCACUCCGACAGCAAACCCUUCAAGUGUCUCUACUGCCCGAGCAAAUUCACCCUGAAGGGGAACCUGACACGCCACAUGAAAGUCAAGCAUGGGGUCAUGGAGCGGGGCCUCCACUCUCAAGGUUUUGGAAGGGGGCGAAUUGCCCUGGCGCAGACCGCGGGAGUGCUGAGGAGCCUGGAACAGGAGGAACCCUUUGACCUUUCCCAGAAGCGGGGGGCCAAGGCCCCGGCCUUCCAGUCAGAUGGGGAGAGCGCCUGGGGCAGCUCCUGCCAUGAGGAAGAGGAGGAGGACAACAGCUAUGAAGUGGGGCGAGACAGCCCCAGCCUGGACGCCCAGCCCGGGCAGCCCUGCACCCUCCAGGAUCUCGCCACCCAGCCCGAGCAGGCUGCCAGGGCGCUCGAGGACACCUGUGAGGAGGAGAAGGAGGACCAGCCGCAGGGAGAGCGCCAGGAGAGGGGCAAGGACAGCCUGGGCGCCGAGGGCGGCCAGGAGAGAGAGUCUGCGCACAGGGCCGAGCGCCUCCGCCUCAGGGCUCUGCAGAGUGCCCGGAGGGGCCCCUCCAUUUCUGAUUACCUGUACUUCAAGCACAGAGAGGAGAGUUUAAAAGAAUUACUGGAGAGGAAAAUGGAAAAACAAGCAGUGCUUUUAGGUAUCUAAGUGGACAGCUUUAAAAUUACAUUUGGAAUAUGAGAACUAGGCAGUUCAAAUGUAGCUUUCUGCACGAGCUGUCAUUUGCCGGAGACUGGCAAGUGGCGCAGAUCUUUACAAAUGGCCUGGACUAAACAAGCAGGGAUUGUCCUCCCUAAAACACAUGAUCUCAGAUCAUUCCUUGGGCCCUUGAUUCUUAACACGCAUGCGGGGGCUUCUCCAGUAUAAUAAACUGUACAUAUUCUAAAUA